AUGCCCAUUUCUGCGCUCUCUGCAUGGGUAUGGGUCUCUCGAGUCUCUGGUCCUGUUGACCGAGUCAGUCGAGAAGUUGGCGUUCCUGGGCCGGAGGGAGAUUCUUCCAAGCGACUGCUUCUCCGGCUUGCUUUCGACAAGCCUGGAGCGCAUGGACAGCUGAAUCCUCGUGUGCUGUGUACAGCAAUCGACGAAGGGAGAAAAACUGCCGAAGAAUACGGUGGAAAAUGGACGCGAACUUGUCGUUGGAGCGGCGUUGAUGCUCUCAUCAACCAAGCUGACUCUCUGCUCCAAAAAUACCUGGAGUGCCGAUUAUGGAUGAUUACAUGCACAGAUGUUCAGUGUCAUUUCUACUUUUUAACAGGCCUCGAUCCCAGUGGCGGACAGCUCCAACAAAUAUAUCUAAACCCUGAUGCUUGCCAGCACCCCUGGACCCAUGGGUUCAAUGUCAAGACUGGCAGCAGACAGCGUCAGAUGUGA